AUGUAUGACAAGGAUACUAGUCCUCCAGCCAAAGGUGUCAAGCGGCGGAGAUUAUUUAGCCCAAAGGAUGAUAAUAAGCUCAAAGAACUGCUAUCAGACUCUAAGUUUAUAGGAUGGAAGAACGUGGCUUUAUCGAUGCCCGGUUUCACUCCAAAGCAGCUUCGCGAUAGAUGGCAUAAUUAUUUAUCACCGAAAAAUUCAUUCGAACCUUGGACUGAUGAAGAAGACAAAAUUAUUGUCGAAAAAGUUUUAGAAUUUGGUACAAAAUGGUCUUACAUAUCAUCAUUUUUAAAAGGAAGGCCAGACAACAGCAUUAAGAAUAGAUGGAACUCUGUUCUAAAGAAUGACUACAUGGAACAUCCUCAAAAAUAUUCAAGGAUUAUAGCUCCAGGUCAAAUUGCUCAGCCAGAAGUUAGCUCAGAUUUUGCAAUGAAUGGAUCAAUUUCGCCUGGUCAUCAAGUUACUCAAUCCGUUAAAUUAGAUGAAAGAUUUAUCGAGCACUUCUUUGAUACGAUCCCAAAAAAUUAG